AUGCUAUCGAGAUUGCGCAGUGCUGGGAUCGAUCGAUCAUUGGGAUUGGAUGUUUUUGAGAGGGGUUUGUUUAGAAAUAUCACGAGUAUCAUCAAUACGAAGACCGAAAGUCGAGGUGUAGAAAGACAAAGAUACGGACACAUUCACACGCAGAAACGCAAGAUGCAUAUUCAAAGUAUUCCAAUGUGGGAGGGGAGCUCGAAUAAUUAUGCGUAUUUGGUGGUGGAUGAGGGGAGUAGGGAUGCGGUGAUUAUUGAUCCGGCGAGUGCGGGGGAGGUUGCGCCAGUUUUAAAAGAACAAAUCAAGGAUGGAAAGAUCAAUUUAGUUGCAAUUGUCAAUACACACCACCAUUGGGAUCAUGCAGGAGGAAAUAAUAAAAUACUCGCCGAUCCAGAAUUCAAAGGAAAACCUGUAAUUGGAGGGAAAGAUUGUGAGGGAGUUACAAAUACACCCAAGAAUGGAGAGGGUUUUACAAUUGGAGAGAUCAAUGUCAAGGCACUUUAUACACCGUGUCAUACACAGGAUAGCAUUUGUUGGUUUAUGGAGGAUAAGAGUGGAAAGGCAAUUUUCACAGGAGAUACUUUGUUUCAUGGAGGAUGUGGAAGAUUCUUCGAAGGAACCGCAGAGGAAAUGCACACGGCGCUCAACAAGACACUUGCAGCUGUACCAGAUGAUACAGUUGUUUAUCCCGGCCACGAAUACACCAAAGCCAAUGUCAAAUUCGCCGUCUCGGUUUCCCAAAGUGAAGCCGUCAAGGCCCUCGAAGCUUUCGCAGACACGAAUAAGGAAACGCAAGGAAAAUUCACCAUUGGGGAUGAGAAGAAACAUAAUGUUUUUAUGAGGAUGGAUGAUCCGGAGAUUCAAAAGGCUACGGGGGAAACGGAUCCCGUGGAGGUCAUGGCGAAACUGAGGGAAAUGAAGAAUAAUUUCAAGUGA